AUGGGGGUGCGCGAGAAAGGAGUGGGGAUUGUUGCUGAGACCGACAUCGAGGAAGGAACCCUCUUAUGGACGGAGAAGCCGCUGUAUUCCAGCAUUGCCAGGCAGCUCCCGGACGGGGAGUAUUCUGACCUGGCAUGCGAGGCUUGCGGCUCCUACUGUGGGACGCUGCAGCUUCAGUUGAAACUCUUCGGAGGGUCGGUGUCUUAUACAGAGGCUUGCAAAACCUUAGCUUCAGGAGAGGACUCAGAAAUCAAGGAGCUGAUGAAGAAGCCUGCCCUUCCUGGCGUCUCCGAAGUUGACUGCAUCCUGACCGAUGGGGCACCACUGGUCCUUGCCGUUGGAGAUGGCCACGUCGUUUUCUGCGGCCAAUCUUGUCGCAAAGGUUGGGAAGAUGCGAACAAGAGCCUGCUGAAGGAUGGGAAGCUGCAGAAAGUUCGACAGAUCAUGGUGGAUGAAGACCUGGAGUACCUUGGCCUGGCCGCCGCUUUGAAGAAUGGGGCAGAGGCCUCCGCCGGAGCAGGCCUGGAUGCCCUCUGCGGGGACAAGUAUCACAAGUGCAUCGAUAGAGAUGGCCACGAAGAGCUGAGUGACGAGGAGUGGGAGAAGGAAUGCAUGCGGCCGUGUGAGAAGCUGGCCGGCGUCAUGGGCAUGGCCCCAUCGGAAGUCAGCGAGAUCAUGGGCAAACUCUGCCGGAAUUCCAUCAUGGUGACCUUCACGUCGCCAGUCUUCGAGUAUCUCGCUGGUGUGAGUGGCUUGAAGAACAAGGAUACCCCAGAGUUCGCCGAUCUUAUGAGUCUUGUGCGUCCUGUAGCAUCGAAGUCGAAAAGUACUAACAAGGAGCCAGACUCCGCUUCUGAAUCUGAAUCCGAGCCUGAAGCGAAACUGGAGCUUGCAGACGGUGUUGUGCUGACGGACAAAGAUGUUCCUCCGUACGCUGGCUGGGCAGUGUACCCUUUGCUAUCUGCCGUGAAUCACGCGUGUAAACCCAACUUGGACACCGAGUUCUUGCAAGGGGACUCUACACUGUCUGUGCUGGCCAAGCGUAAGAUCCUCAAGGGUCAAGAACUCACCAUCUGCUAUGCUGAUCCGGACGAUGACCAGCCGGAGAGGCAAGCGGCCCUGAGAAGUUAUGGCUUCGUGUGCGGAUGUGAUUUGUGCGGGCAGGAGUUGCGCGCCAUCGCCGGCCCGCCUGCCAAGAAGGCUAGGGCUAGGGCAUAG